AUGCACAUGCUCGGGGAAUGUGAGAGAAUCCUCGGCGAUGGUCUUCUUCGAUUGCCUCUACAACACAACUACCGCUAUGGCCCCCAGGCUGAACGGGACCUGUUAGAGCUUCUUUUUCGGUCGCUCGUGGGACAUAGUGAGGAGCUUAUACAACAUCUGUUCCCUAAUGGUGCACCUGUAGGAUCGUGGAAAUUGGCUGAUGCCCAGGGCGCUCGCGAAGGAGCAGAGUAUAGCGAGGCCGCGCGGGGCAAGCGCUGCGGACACAUCUUCCGAGCGGGUGAAGCGACGUAUCGUUGCGUAACUUGCGCUGCUGAUGAUACAUGUGUGCUCUGCAGUCGGUGCUUUGAUUCGUCUGAUCAUACUGGCCACCAAUAUCAGAUCUCACUGUCAUCAGGCAACUGUGGUUGUUGUGAUUGCGGCGAUGAGGAGGCCUGGCGGCUCCCGCUAUUCUGCGCCAUCCAUACUGACAGCGGCAAUGCCAAGGGCAAGGAGCGUUCUCAACGAGAACUGCCCUCUGAACUGGUAUCUACAAUUCGCUUGACUAUCUCACGCGUUCUCGAUUACUUCUGUGAUGUUAUCUCCUGUUCGCCGGAACAAUUACGGCUACCCAAGACUAUCGAAGGCAUCAAGCAAGAUGAGGAAGCAUCCAGAUUGCGCCCCGACUGGUAUGGCUCAGGCGACCAAGAGGAAGAAGAACCCGAGUUUGCCGUCAUGCUAUGGAACGACGAGAAGCACACGAUUCGAGAUGUCGCCCAUCAGGUCACUCGCGCCUGCCGCGAGCGAGACAGCUUUGGUGUCGCGAGAGCACAUGAAACAAAUGAUAUCGGCCGAAGCGUCAUCAAAUAUUCGAAGGAUCUGCAACGACUGCUGGCAGUGUCUAAGAUCAUCGAGGAAAUCAAAGUGACUGUUACAGUUCGCUCGGCACGGGACACAUUCCGAGAGCAAAUGUGCGGCACAAUAGUUGAAUGGCUGGCUGACAUUGCCGGAUGCAGCAUCCUCGAGGACAAUGAAAUCUUCCGGCAAAUUAUUUGCGAAGAGCUACUGAGUUCUUGGCGGAAAGGGAGUGGCGCCUAUAACGCAAAUAUUGGUAUGAAGGGCAUUGAUGAUCACGAAGGAUCAGACAACCGAUUUCCCGGCCUCCUGACAACCGCAGAGGAAGAAGAGGAUGAUGAAGAUGCGGAUGAUGCAAAUGAGCAAGAUGAAGAUGAGGAUUAUGUGGAAGCCCAUGACGAUGCAGAUGAUGAGGAGGAUGACAUGGAAAUGGAGCUUGCCCGGUUGCAGGCCGAGGCGGAUGGAGAUGAAGACGAAGAUAUGGAUAUGGGUACCAUCGAUGAUGAACUGGCGCUUGCGGAACGGAUUUUGGCGGGCCUCACUCGCGCGCAUCCACUGGUGCCACGCCCGGGCCCGGAGCAAACAGAUCAACAGCCUGCUGAAGAAGAGGAUGAGCUUGACGGCCAGCUUUCAGCCUCCAACAGCUAUGUCCCCAUUCCGAAGACGCCAUCUGGUACGAUUAGGCCACCUUCUGCUAGAUCAGAAGGACACUGGCAAGUACGACCACCCAUUCCGACCGCCAAAGAGAAGAUUGCACCCUACGAAGACCUCUGGCAGCGUACCCGUCUUGACUGGCUCGUCCUCUUUGACCUAAGAUUAUGGAAGAAAACUCGCACGGACUUGCGAGAUCUUUAUAUUAGCACUGUGGUCAAUGUGCCACAAUUCAAGCGCAUUAUGGGUCUGCGCCUGUCUGCUUUGUAUACAGCACUGGCUCAGCUAUAUCUGAUUGCAGACAGAGAACCCGAUCACUCGAUUGUCAAUCUCUCUCUCCAAUUAUUGACAACGCCUUCUAUUACGGAGGAGAUCGUCCUCCGUGGCAAUUUCUUGACCAAAGUCAUGGCUAUUCUGUAUACUUUCCUGACCACAAGGCAGGUUGGCGAACCGCAAGCCGUCAAUCCCAAUGCCACCCUCGCUUUCGAUGCCGGUUCAGUGACCAACAGACGCCUCUAUCACUUCUUCUUGGAUCUUCGCUACCUUCUGCAAUCCGAGUACGUCCAACAUCGCGUGAGGACCGAAGACCAGUACUUGCCUCAAUUUUUGGAUCUAGUGAAGCUUUCCCAGGGUAUCUGCCCUAAUGUGCGCGCAGUCGGUGAACAUGUCGAAUAUGAGACGGAUGCGUGGAUCAGUGCUUCGAUUCUCAUGCGAGAAAUUAAUCGUCUUUGCCGACAGUUUUGCGAGUCAUUCCGCGACUCGGGAAUUGACAAUGGGCAGAACCUGCUUCAGGCAAUCAAGACAACUACUAUCACUGCUAUCAUUCACUCUGCAGGGGUAGAGCGUAAGCGUUUCGAUCAAGCAGAAAUUAAGGAAGAAGUCAAAUUCCGCACGCUUCCCCCGUUUGAUUUCGAAAUUGGCCCUUCUGGGGAGGUUCCUUGCCACCGCGUGGUCGAAUUUAUCGUUGAAAAGGGAUCGAUUAGCUUCCAUCAUGCACUUCACUAUACCCUCUCAUGGCUGAUCGAGUGCGGCCGUGGAGUGAGCAGUGAGGUCAUGCGCAGCGUCCUAUUUGAAGCUGCAAACACUGCCCGGGCAGAGCUUCAUGCAGCCAAAGUUGAGAAUAGUAAACAGAUCGAUGAUAAUCUUCUCGCUCUCGGCCCCGAAGACCUGCUACUGACAAUGUUCGACUACCCCUUGAGAGUCUGUGCCUGGCUUGCGCAAAUGAAAGCUGGUAUGUGGGUUCGCAACGGUCUCAGUCUCCGACACCAAAUGUCGCAAUACCGCGGUGUUUCGUCUCGAGAUUUCGCCUAUUACCGAGAUAUUUUCCUUUUACAGACCGCACUGGUAACCUGUGACCCAAGUCGGGUCCUUGCAUCUAUUGCGCAUCGAUUCGGAAUGGUGGACUGGAUGUCUCGCAACUACAUGCCUCGUGCUGGCUAUGAGGAUUCCCAAAUCGUUGAUGUCGCAGAGGAAUUCGUCCACUUGCUUGUCAUUUUGUUGACUGAUCGCACCUCUUUGACUGCUAUCGAUGACGGCACUCAUCUGACUAAUGAAAACAUCAGUCGUGACAUAGCCCAUGUUUUGUGCUUCAAGCCACUCUCGUUCUCUGACCUGUCUACCCGCCUGAGUGACAAGUUGCUUGAUUCAGACAUGUUCCAAGAUGUACUUGAAGAAGUCGCCAAUUUCCGUCCUCCAGAAGGAUUGAGUGACUCCGGGACCUUUGAACUGAAGUCCGAAUAUUUGGACCUUGUGGACCCAUAUAGUGCACACUACUCCAAGAACCAGCGAGAUGAAGCGGAGAACAUCUACAAAGAGUGGCAGGCAAAGAAGACAGGCAAGAAGGCUUCCGAUAUCGUCUUUGAGCCAAAGCUUCGACCUAUUAGCUCAGGUGUUUUCUCUCAUUUGCCGCGUUUCACUGGUACCAUGCUAUUCGCACAGCUUGUUCAUCAGUGUCUCGAGUACGUUAUCUCGUCUAAAGAGUGCACACCUACUAUCCCGCCGACACGAGUGGAGACGUUUCUUCAGGUCAUACUUCAUCUAGUACUUGCUGCCGUCCUUGAAGAUAACUCUGAUGAAGAAGGUGAAGUGGAGGCAGAUCGUAGCCCGUCAUUUAACUUGCAUGCCUUGACCAAGACUCGAGAAAUCAAGGCUGGCAACCUAACCAUCGUGGGGCUUCUCGAGAAGAUUUCAAUGAUGAAUGAAUUUGCUGCUUGUGGCCCUAAGAUUCGCCAUAUUCUCAAGCGACUCUGGCAAAAACAUCCCCAGUCAUAUACUUCAGCGACUGCUUCCCUCAAGUUCCCAUUCGAUCGAAUUGAUACCAAUUCGCCUGCAAUUGACGUCGACAAUGAGAGAGAGAUCAAGAAAAAGCAGGCAUUGGAAAGACAGGCCCGAGUCAUGGCCCAGUUCCAGCAACAGCAGCAAAAUUUCCUGAACAGUCAAGGGGAUAUUGAUUGGGGCGAGGAAGACUUUAGCGAUCUCGAGUCGGAGACAGAGGCUACCCAUGAAACCAAGGUCUGGAAGUUCCCUAGUGGGACAUGCAUCCUGUGUCAAGAGGAGACCAAUGACUCGAGGCUCUACGGUACAUUUGCAUUGAUCCAAGAUAGUACCAUUCUACGACAGACCGAUAUUAGAGAUCCAGAUAGGAUCCGUGAAGCUCUCAAUACUCCUCUUAGCCUUGACAGAUCUGCCGAGGAUUCUCGUCCUUUUGGCGUGGCCGGGGAAAACCGUACCACAAUCCGUCGUCUGGACUCCUCUGGAGACGAAGUCAUCAGCGAGAAGGUUGGUCUCAGUAAAGGCUUCAGCCCGAAAAGCACUCUCCGUGGUCCAGUCACCACGGGCUGUGGCCAUAUAAUGCAUUAUUCUUGCUUUGAGGUGUACUACGCGGCGACACAAAGACGGCACAGCCAGCAGAUUGCCCGCCAUCAUCCCGAAAACACAAUGCUCAAAGAAUUUGUUUGCCCACUUUGUAAGGCACUCGGCAAUGCCUUCUUACCAAUUACUUGGAAGGCCAAGGAGGAGUCGUAUCCAGGUGUAUUGAAUACAGCGACCUCGUUCGAUGAGUGGAUGGGUACUGGACUUAAAGCCGCCUUGAAUCAGUCACAGAACUUCCCUGUCCUGAUGAUUGAAAAAGAUAAAGCUUACCAGCAACCUUACUCCGAAUUAUUCAUGGACUAUCUCUCGAAAACGCUGGUGCCUUCUCUUUCUUCCAAGGUCUCGCAACUGGUAGCAUUCCCAUUUUCGUCAGCCCCACCUGCACCCUAUCUUUCAUCGACAUCUAGAAUGUCAAUGCCUGGUAUUUUCCUCUCUACGGACGAGCUAUCUCCUUCCAGUCCUCUGCAGCAAGUUUCGAGUCCUUCAGACAGUCCCAUGUCGGAGCUGCUUCAAAUCUAUAAGCGUUUAAAGAAGACCAUCAAGAUGAAUCACAUCAACUCCAUGUUCAACAACAGUCCAGACUCUCUUAACAAUGACGAUCUGGUGCAUACUGAUUCAUUGAUUCGAAGCUUUGGUUUCAGCAUCUCUGCGGUUGAAAUUGCUCAACGUGGUGUUGAAUCAGAGGCCGGGUCGACUUUGUUGGACAAGAUCCCACCGCUGACCUUGACGCAUCUCCGUGUCUUGGCGGAAACAGCAUUAACAUAUGCUGCUGUUGGAUGCGUCAAUUCAAACAAUAGCCAAAAGAACCGUCCUACCCAAGAGUUUCAGGAAAUGCAUCGACAGAAGAUUUGCCAAUUGCUCGUCGGCCAUCCCUGCUUGAGUGGCACACCGCUUCUCAAUGAUGUCCGAAAUAUUGAGCCACUGCUUGCUACGGACACCUUUGUCUUCCUUGCCGAAUGUUCACUUUCGUUGCUGCCGGUUCUCCAUAUUGAUGUGCGUCAUCUUGUUCAGGUGUGCUACGUUGCUGAGAUUGUUAAAGUGACUGUUACCUUCAUCUUGUGGCCCCUUGGCCUCAAAGAAGAACUAUCUCAGCACGGAGACAAUGGUAUUGCCGAAUCAUUCAUUUCCAACAAUCAAUUUGGGCUCACGAAGCAUUUCUUUGACUCGAUUGUCGCUGAGCUCAAGGCAAACUCUGUUGGGCGUGCCGAGGGCUCUUCGUUCCCUGCAGAGAGUGGUUAUGUGAAAGACGGAGAGGAGUCUGCUACCCCAGAUAUCAUCAUUGCUCUGCGACGUCUCGUAUCCAGCUAUGCUGUUACGUUCCUCCGAAAGGCGGUCAUUCUCUUUCACGUUCAGCAUGGUGUUGAAUUUCCUAAUACAGGUUUCAGUGAUGUUGGUACUUCAGAACUCGACAGACUGACCAAGACUCUGCAUCUUCCUUCGCUCGAUGAGAUCUUCCUAUCCGUGAACCCCGCAAGGAAUAGCAGUAGUCCUUUUGACGCUGUCAUCUCUGGAUGGAUAUUCCACUGGAACGCAUCCCGGUCGGGCAUCCGCUUUGAAGAUCACCGCCUUUGGCCGAGCUUACCGCACCCAGCGAUCUUUGAGCUUGUGGGACUGCCAAAGUAUUUCGACAGUCUCAUCGAAGAGGCCAACCGACGUCGUUGUCCGAAUUCCAAGAAGGAACUCAGUGACCCAAGCAUUUGCCUCUUCUGUGGAGACAUCUUUUGCUCUCAGUCAGUGUGCUGCAUGCACAACAAACUUGGCGGCUGUAACCAGCAUCUUCAAAAGUGUGGUAAAAAUAUCGGUCUCUUCAUCAACAUCCGCAAGUGCACCGUGCUCUAUCUCCACAACCACAAUGGCUCUUGGCACUAUGCACCUUACCUUGAUCGCCAUGGCGAAGUUGACCCAGGUCUGCGACGAAACCGCCAACUCAUUCUGAACCAGAAGCGAUAUGACCGGCUGCUGCGUGACGUGUGGCUGUCACACUCUAUUCCUGCCACAAUCAGCCGCAAGCUAGAGUCUGAGAUCAACAACGGUGGGUGGGAAACGAUAUAA